AUGGAGUCGACCGCAUCGUCUGGCUCGUCGGAGCCCAAGACGCCACCCGCCAAGGGCAGUGCCACCUAUCCUCGCGCCUUUCUCACGCCGGACAAGGACUCCACCCCCAAGCCCGCCACACCGCCGUCUUCGUUAAGGCAGCGCUUCGCCUCGUUCACGCGCUCGUCCGGCAAGGCGACGGCAGCAUCUCUCUCGCAGAGCAGCUCUGCAAGCACGACACCGCCCAACGAAGACAUGAGCGAACGCAUCGAGAAGCUCGAUCUCAUGCGCGGAGCGCCCAAGCCGGACGGAGCGGCUGCACCACGCGAGCAUUCGGCACCCGUGUCGCGCAGGGCCAGCAUGUCCAAGAGCGACAACGAGCCGCACGUGCCACAAUACCAGAACGCCGAACAGAUCAACCAGGACUCGCCGCUGCCACGCGUGCUCAGGAGCGCCAAAGCACAACCGCUUCCGGGCCAUCCGGGCAACUUGACCGAGGCGCAGACGCGCGCCCUGCACGAACUCACCGCCGCCCUCCGACACGACGGCGCACUGCACGAAGCCGAAUCCGAACCGCCGUCGUAUCAAGACACACAGCUUCUACGCUUUCUGCGCGCGCGAAACUUCAACGUGGCUGCGGCGCGGACGAUGUACCUCAAGGCGGAAGCGUGGAAGAAGGAGAUCAAGCUCGACCGGCUCGUGCGCGAGUUCGACUUUGCCGAGCGCGACGAGGUCGCUUCGCACGGCUGGAGCAUGUACUUCCACAAGACCGACCGACUUGGUCGACCGAUCUUCAUCCAAGACCUGGGCAACAUGGACGUGACGAAAGUGUUCCAGAUCACGACGCCGGAGCGGGUGAUCGAGAACUUUGCAGUCACGCUCGAGCUGGCGGUUCGACACCGCUACGAGGCAUGCACGGUCGCGAGCGGGCGGUGGGUGGAUGACAACAUGAUGGUCGUCAACCUCGCCGGCCUGGGGUUGGGAACGUUCUGGAGCAUGAAGGGCCAGCUUCAGCAGCUGCUGGCGAUCCUGGAUAACAACUUUCCAGAGUUAUCCGGACGCGUGCAGAUCAUCAAUGCACCGUACAUGUUCAGCACGAUUUGGUCGUGGGUCAAGGGCUGGCUGCCCGUCGCCACCGUCGAAAAGAUCGACAUUGCAGGCGCGGAUUACCACGACCGCAUCUGGCAGUACGUCAGCAAGCAGGAUUGGCCAAGGAGUCUGGGUGGAGAAUGCGACUGCGGAGAUGCCAAAGGGUGCGCAAAGUCGGACAAGGGGCCGUGGGAUACCCGCCUCGUGCGCACCGCGGAUCUGUAG